AUGUCUCUCCAAUCCAGCACUUUGCAGUACAAACACUUUCGGGUCUCGUAUCCGCAAGACCACAUCAUUCAGGUCACACUGGACAGACCAGACAAGCUCAAUUGCAUCGACAAAACGACUAGUCAACAGAUAACAGAUAUCUGGCAACAAUUUGACGAAGACGAGAACCUAUGGGUCGGUAUCAUUACGGGAUAUGGUAGAGCGUUCUGUACCGGAGCCGAUCUCCAGGAAUGGAACGACAUGAAUAAGAAUGGGGUAUUCAACGACAUGGCAGCACCCGGGCUGGCUGGUCUCCCCCGUCGAAGUGGGAAAAAGCCCAUCAUCGCGGCAGUAAACGGCAUAUGCAUGGGGGGCGGCUUUGAGAUGAUUGCAAACUGCGACCUGGUAAUCGCCUCGUCCUCGGCCAUUUUCUCACUUUCUGAGAUCAAACGAGGCAUAGUUCCCGUGGCUGGAUGCCUGCCGCGGCUGACACGAAUUAUCGGCCUGCAGCGCACCAUGGACCUCGUCUUGACCGGAAGGAAUGUGCCCGCCAAGACACUCCAUGAAUGGGGCCUUGUGUCUCAGCUUGUGGAUCCAGCCGAGGACGUGGCCCAGGUGGCAGUCCGAGUUGCUCAAGACAUGUGCAAGAAUAGCCCGGAUGCUCUGAUUGUUGGGCGUCUUGGCGUUCGGCUGAGUUGGGAAGUGGGUAGCGUCGAGGAGGCCGUAUCGAUGCUGGCCAACGAGUGGUAUCCUCGUUUAGUCAGCGGCCCAAAUUUCGCCGAAGGUAUUCGGGCGUUUGUGGAGAAGCGACAGCCGAAGUGGGUAGCCCCAAAGCUGUAA